GAUUCCAAAGUGUUGGCAUGGUCAUUGGAGGAAGAGCAGAUCACAGAGCACUGGGAUUGGUUGGAGCUUCAGGUUCUUCCCAAUCUCACACAAAUCGAAUCCGAAACUGAUAUGAUCGCCUUUGUGUCUUCGAAGGUGACUGCCCAGUUCACCUUACAGGAAGAACCAAAACGAUCUACGAUUGAAGCACACGAACCCGCGGACAUUCGCAGUAGUCAGUACAAAUUCCAGGCUAUUUUUGGAAUGGCCCCUGAGGAAAAAGUCGUCAGUUAUUAUUCCUGCAGCUAUUGGAAAGGAUUAAUGCCGCGUCAAGGCUGGGCGUACUUAAGUAUCAAUCACUUUUGUUUCUAUUCGUUCUUGUUGGGCGUGGAAACAAAAUUAGUGAUUCGGUGGGCUGAUGUGACCGGCUUGGAUCGGCAGCAGUCCCGUCUUUCUCGUUUGAAUGAUGGAAUGAAGAUUACCACCAGAGACAAAGAAUAUAAUUUUUCAGGCUUCCUGCGAAUCAAAGAUGUUUUUAGCUUGAUGCAAAGGCUUGCUGAUCUUGCAAUGAAAAAGCUGAUCAACGAAGAAGAAUUUUCAGUUGACCUGGAUCUCCUUCUCAAGUCCAGUAAAAACAUCGAUCAACGCCUCUCAGUUGUUCACCGAGACUUGAACGCAAGAGUGGUCUCCGCCGAAUUCCAAAUGGAAUUCAAUUUGGGUCGAGAGGAGAAGUUGGAUGGAACAAUAUCUUGCGCUUUGUAUACACCUUAUGAUCGAAGGAAUAACGAGGUUACGCUUGACAAUGAGCAAAGUUUUGCUAUAACAACUGAGUACGAAGAUGAGCAUGAGAUAGAAGCCGAUCUUCUAGUUCGUGAACACGACAUAACCCCCCGGACAGAGGAGUUCAAUAUGAGUGAUUUCGAGGAACACCGUAAAAUUCAAGACGCGCUUUCGAAAAGUUCAGAUCUCGGCGAAUUUAAUUCACUUCGUCGACGCCGUGCAUCCAUCAUGAUACCAUUGACCGAGCAAGAAGAUGCUACUGGUGACUUUGAAGCGUUGCCUGCAUUGAUUGAUUUGGUAGACCUCGGUCCUCCUUCGCCUGAGGCCGCGGCAAAAGAAAAAGUGAGAGAGAACUUGUGGACGACUCAUUUUGCGCACUACGGCCGUGGUGUUUCCAUGUACCGCGCAUACGAGCUUAGAACCCUGGUGUCGAAAGGAAUCCCGGACAGAUUGCGGGGUGAAUUGUGGCUUGUGUUUUCUGGGGCGUUGAACGAUUUGGUUUCCCAGCCAGGGGAAUAUCGGAAGUGUUUUUCCGAAGGUGCUGCUGCGGGAGACGCACUAACUUUGGAUGAAAUUGAAAGAGAUGUCAAGCGUUCUUUGCCCGAGCAUCCGGCAUUCCGGGAAUCUGCCGAUGAAGGUGGUGGACAGGGCAUCGGUGCGCUGAGACGCGUUCUCACCGCCUACGCAUGGAGAAAUCCAGCUAUUGGAUAUUGUCAAGCCAUGAACAUAAUCGCAUCUGUCCUGUUGUUGUAUUGUCCCGAAGAGGCGGCCUUUUGGCUCUUGUGCGCCAUAUGUGACCGCAUGUUGCCUGACUACUUCAACACGCGUGUUGUCGGAACAGUAGUGGAUCAAGCUGUGCUCGAAGAACUCGUUGCUGAGCGACUCCCUGCUUUAUACGCGCACUUGUCUCGCCGAGGCGGGGGAAUAAUCCGCAUGAUAUCCCUAUCUUGGUUCAUGACGAUCUUCCUGUCCGCUGUCCCGUUCGGCGCUGCGCUGCAAAUUCUAGACUGUUUCUUUCACGACGGUGUUCGAGUAGUGUUCAUGCUCGCUCUGGCGAUUUUGGAAUGGAAAGAGAAGGAGAUUCUGGACUCUAAAGCGGACGAAGCGGAAUGUUUAGCCAUGUUGAACGGAUUUUUGGAGCAGGUGGAGAAUCAGAGUGCAACGAUGCCACGGCUCCCGCCACCUGGGCCCAUGGCGAGGAAAGAUCGGGUUAAUGGUGGAGCAGGGGAUUCCAUGGUUACGGAUAUCGCCGAUUUGUUGUACGCUGCUUACAGAAGUUAUGAUGACAUCACAAAUCGGGAAGUUGAGGAAAGACGACUACGAUUGCGGUUGAAAGUUGUCCAAGGUGUAGAGGAUCAGGCUCGGAAGAACGUCGUCAAAGGAGUUUUGGACACGACGAAGUUGAAUUCCCACGAGUUGGCGGCAUUAUUUGAUUUUGUGAAAGACGAACAGUUGUACCUUCAGUACCGGGGAGCGAUCAAGCGGGAAGCUGCGGCGUCCGUGACGCAUUCCAACACGUACAGGCAUUACCUAAUCGAUCAUGAAGGAUUUUGUAUGCUUUUCCGCGAAGCCACCAAUUGGGGCAGAGCUGAUGUUUCCGAUUCCCUCUCGCGCCGAUUAUUCACCUUGAUGGAUGGUGAUGAAAACGGACUCCUGGAUUUCAAAGAACUUGUUCAAGUCCUGGACAUUUUGAUUCGUGGUGACGCCUUGCGUAGGCUGAAGCUUCUUUUUCUGCUCCACGUUCCGCCUCUUAUGAUCGAGCCGAAUUUGAGAGAUACCGCAUCUCCACUUCCGGAAAUGGGAGAGGAUGCUGAGAAGUUUUUUGAUGAUAUGAAAGAUAUAAAAGAAGUUGUUAAAUUGAAGAAGCACUGUAUGACAGUGAGAGACGUAAUUGUUUCUGCGCCUUCCGAUGGCUCUUCUGCCACUGAGUUGCUACUGAGCUGCACUGACGCCGAUUCAACUUCUGCGAAAGACAUACAAGAUGCGUUGAUUGAAAGCGGGCGAUUGAGUCCUGCAUUCUUCAGAAGUCUCGUGAUCGAAGAAGGAGAAAAAUCUCGAAGACGCAUUCCAUUCAUGACCCACAGGCAGUGUCUUGAGUUCAUAAGAACUCUUCAUGCGCUAUUUUCUCAGAACGGAAUACCGAAAAGAGGAGAACUUCUGGCUGAAGUUACAGCUGUCGGAGGAGAGUUGGUGCGUUUCGGAGAUGCGGGGGAAGGAUGUAAGACUUCAUGGGUGAAUCUGUUGUCCCAAUUGUUGGAAGACUCGGCGAAGUUCUCGCAUGGAGAGGGAUCUUUCCAAAUGGCCAAAAGCGUUGGUAAUUCGUCUUUCGUAGCUUCUCCUGCCGAAGCUGCUUUAGCAGCCACAGUUCCUGCGCCGCCAGAAGAUGCCGGGCUGUUGAGUUACCGUUUGGGGCAAAGCGAUUUUUAUGUCACUCUGGAAAAUGGCAAGGGCAGCAAUCCAGAAAUCAUUACCAUGGAAACCCCUGUCUUGGAGAAUGCCGCAAAAGAUCGGUGGUACAUCACCUGUGAGCAAGUUGUCGCGUCAAUGCUGAAUUCACCUCGCAUCACGGAAUUCUUCGAUUAUCGUCCUUCGGAAUCUGAUUUCGAAGCUGCUGUAAAACGCGUAAAAAACCGGUUUGCUGCGACGAGACAGCGUCGAAAUCCGCCGCGGAACUUCGGCAAAGCUCGGAAAAAUCCUGUUAUAACCGUGUGACGCCUUCAGGUCUCAUUCGACUCUUCGUUCUAAAGCUACAUGCAGGCAUAUUUUCUUCGCUUCGUAUUUGUUCCAUGAAUUAUUUUGUUGAGAAUCUCGAACUUGCGAAACGUUAUUGUUCUGGAUAUACGAUCGAGUCGGUACCUUUAUUUUGGCUGUGAGCAAUGUUGCCCCCUCAAGAUUCAGGAGCAUGAGAUACGAGAAGCUUCCAUCUCUUAUUUUUCUUCAGCGAUUGUUCGAGUUUCAGUGUAGCUAUUGCCAGAAGCGAAGCGAAGCUUCCUCUUUUGAAAUCAAGACUGACGGAGUGAUGGAAUUUCUGUGAUUGCAUUUGAUUGUGGAUGUCAUCAACACUGAUUUUUUUUUCUUGAGCAAGCCAAGCAUUUUGUUUAUUCCUGAUUAUCUUGAUGUCUGAAACGUGGAUGAACAAUUACUGUGAAAACACUAUUAUCUUCCACAGUACUGUGUUGCGAAGAAGGCUUUUAAUAAAUUAUCUUCCAUCUCAAACA